AACAUUCGUAAAUUUAAAAAAAAAAUAACUUUCAUUUUCGCAAUCUAUUUUUAACGCUCGUAGAUAAAUAAACUGUUGUCAGCUGUAAUCAAUGUAUUUGUUUACAUAAGUAAUACACCGUAGGUUACGUAUAUUUGAAAAGCACUAAAGGCAUGGCAUUUAAAGAGACACCGCAUGAGAUUUUAAUAUGUGGGUCAUAUUAAAAGAGUUUCGAUAUCGAUACAUGCAAAUUUAUAUAAACUGACUAAGGUGUACAUUCUUGUUGACAGUGUGUUUCCUUAUAAUUGUCUUACUAUGAAUCAUAUUUUGACAGUUCAGUGCAUAAACCACAGGGAUUUUUUUUUAAUGCGGGCAGACACCUGUAAUAAUCCAUCAGCUAGAGACAUACAUCGAUAAACGAUCAAUUUAAAAGGAUACUACAACAACACAAACAGAAACUAGAUCAGAUUAUAUGUUUUCAACCAUGAGUGAAAUAGAAGUUAUCGUGGCAAUAAAAUUGGGAACGAAUUACAGUACGAAUGCGUACAUGAUUAAACACGUUGAGCCAGACGAUCGGAAAAUGUUAAAUGUUCCUUUCAAAACACAAACAACCAGUCAAAUGUCAGUUACAACACCAACUGUGGCACUGUUUGAGGACAAUGGAACCAUAUCAAUAACGUCAUAUGGAUCUGAAGCUGAACUUCAAUAUAUACAUCUUGCCGACAGAAGGAGCCACCUCCUAUUCCGUGAAUUUAUUUGGCAUCUCUUUUGUGCAGAUGACACGAUUCCAGAAAACCUGAGUGAUGUGAAUGGAAAACAAAUGAAUUCAGUUGAUAUAUUGUCAUUUGUCAUUGAAUAUAUGGUCAGCCAUGUCAAAUCUGAGACGGGGGAGGACAUACGUGGUAUCCCGAUUACAUUUAAGUACGUCUUCACUAUCCCGACAUGUUCGUGUGAUGACGCCAAAAGGUUCAUGUCAGAAGCAGCAGUAAAAGCAGGUUGCUCUCCAAACGAUGUCAUAGUUGUUGAGGAAGCCGCUGCAGCAUUACAGUUUUACAUGAACAGUCAAUAUGAGGGAGAACUCCAAGUGUUAGUUGUCAGCGAUAGAUGUUACCUAGUUGUUGAAUUAGAAGAUGAUAACGUCACCAUAUCGAUCUUAAAUCACAUCAACGAUGGACGCAUUGGAAUCAUGUACAGAAAUACCGCUGAAGUUUGGGGAAGCUGUCAAGUUCAGAAGGACUUCGUUGAAAUGCUAAACUGUGAAACUAGCAAAACUUUGUUAGACGGUUUCUUCGAACAAUAUCCCUUGGAGCAUUUUGAACUUAUUCAAGAAAUAAAGAAGAAAAUUAAAUAUACAUUACCCGAAACCUCAAGAGUAGCAAUAAAAAUGUCAGCCCUAAUGCUUGAAAAGAAUGGAAGUCUUGCAGACAUGCAGAAGUCCGUUGCUAAAUCAGGACUAAAUGACAAAAUUAAUUUCAGAUUAGACAAAUGCAUCAUAUCUCCAGAAGCGUUUAAAAGUCUGUUUAUCGAUGCUGGGAAACAGAUCGUGCAGUAUCUAAAGAAAGAAUUACCAACCGAUUUGUUUGACAUUCAUUGUAUUAUUCUUAUUGGAGAGUUCGCACAGUCACCAAUUCUACAAGACAUAAUGAAGAGUUCUUUUUCAACCGUAAAUAUUCACGUCCCCGGUGAAGCAAACAUGGCAGCAAUAAAAGGGUCAGUGCUCGUUGGAGAAAACAAUGUAGACGUUGAUACAAGCGGAUGUAUCUGUGGAAGCAAAAAGUCCGCCACUGAAAAUGUUUGUUCAUCGCAGGGAAAUGAUCAGCGGCCAAGCAAGAAAGAACCCGUCUCAACGCCAACAAAAAUCAACCCGUCUAAAAACCGGAACAAAAGUCGAUUGUGUGUCAUUCAAUAAAACAAAUCAUUUGUAUGAAAUACCGUAUAUCCGUGUUUUUCACGGGUCAACACAUUUGCAAAAAAUUGGGGGUAAACCUUUAACCUUUUUUGUGCGUUAUUUUUCAUGAUUUAAAUAUGGUUCUAAAAACUAUAUUGGAAAAUAUUUUUAUCAUAUAGUGUGGUUUUCUAUGUGUUUUGCUGUCCGAAAAUGAUUGUCAAAAUAGCGAAAAUUGAACAAUGAAUCAAUAUGAAAAUAACCCGAUAUACGGUAUCACAUACUAGUAUGCAUGCAUGAUUUUUAUGGACAUCAUGAAAAUUGACAAUGUAGAAAAGGUACUGUUGGAGACGAGUUAAAAUUCAAAGAUGGACAAGGAAUUGCUUUCGAAAAGUUCUUCAAAAUUACAAAGAUAUCAUUUCAGUCAUCACAUUAUCAAACUCAAAAUGCCAAAUAUAAUAUAAUUAUAAGCUUUAAUAUGCCAAAAUCAAACAAAUCAAAAAUUAGCAAAAGCAUCGCCUGAUACGAACAUUUUUCUUUCUUUCAUCCUUUUCAUCUAUAUAUAUGAUAUUUAUGCAUUCGUAAUCUAUUUGAGUUUUCAAACGUUGCUUUAAAAUGAAUUCCAUUUCACUUUUAAAAUUUUCAAGGAAACGUUUAAAGUGACACCGUAACUCAAAAAAAGAUGUUUUACUUUUUGAUUUUGACAACAUAAAUGAGAAGAAAUACACAAAAUCCCACGUGAAAACAAUCCGAGUUGUUUUAUACAUGAAUACUGAUUUGAGUGUGUCACGAGAUUGCUGUGUGGAUUGAAUAGAAAUGGAAUUUAAAGUUAUUGGAUGUCUGUAGUAAGAAAUGUAUAGAGUGCUUCUUAAUAAAUAUUCAAGUAUUGUU